GGAGGUGUCGGAGCCCAGUGCAGCCGCCUUGUCAGAGGCAGAUCCAGAAUCGGAGAGCUCCAUGGCUGAGCAGCCAGCCUUUCCAACUGAGCCUGUCAGCAAUGAUGCCCACUUGGAGGAGGUAAGUUCACAUAGUGGUCGGGGUGUCAUUGCAUCUCUUUGUCCACUCUAUUUCUAUUUCACAAGUUUCACAACCAACACAACCCCAACUUAAAAUUUUUACUAUUACUAAUCAAAUAUUUGACUGUGUUCCCAAAAAAACGUGUCUGCAGUAAUUAAAUAUUUGUAGUCUAAUCACAGUAAAUGCUUUUAAAAGGGUUGAGUUGAUGUUGGGAGCAAAAUUAAUAUUUGAGAAAUAUUUUCAAUUUAACAAGACUAAUUUAUAGCUGGCUUGUUCUUCUGGAUGGCAUUUCCUUCCAUUUCAUCUAUGUCGCCUGUGGUUGGGUGUUUAAGUUGCUGGAAUGCUCAGUGUGUUAAAACGUGUCUUGCAUGCAUUUUCAGACCUCUUCUCUUCUUUUGGCAUCAAGUCUAUUUUGGGUGUUUGAAUUCUAUUUGUUGAUUAGUCUUAAAACUGCAGCUAGUAAACACGUUACCUAACUGGUCAGUAUUUUUGUGCUUGAUCUUCUAAAAGCACCAUGAAAUAUGAGAUGCAACAAUUCGAAUUCAUUUUGUAUUCAUUUGUGAUUCUAAAAUCACUUGCAUAAUUUUCCCGGUUUCAAAUGGGUUAAAGUAGUGCUUUUGUUGAACAUAGUGGAUUUAAAUGCUGCAAAUGCCAUCUCCUCAGUCUAAAAUGGCUUUGUAAUUGAAAAGGCAUAUGAAAGGAUCCCAGCUUCCUGAUGCUGACUAAAAACAAAUGAGUGCAGGUGCAAUAUUUCUCAGGUAAAUAUAUUCACCUGGCUGUCAGGGCAAAUCCGUAUGUUGGAUUAUUUUGUCCAGAAACUUUUAUUCAGUAAUAUUUGGUGCACCCUCAGCACUAAGCGAUACGCUCCUCAUUGAUUAAAAUCAUCCACCUUUCCAGAUACAAUGUCUUUUUGUGAUUUUGCACUUCGAACACAUUGCUGCUCUUUUGUUUUUUAAAUUGCGUUUUUUCCUCCUUGCCUGUGUUUUUCUUUGAGGCUCACUUUCUCUGUAUUUUAUUGAUAUUCUUGCUAUCUCUUUGCCUACUACUUUCCAUCCUUUGCCUCUGAGUCCCAUAAUGACGUCUCACUCACUAUCUCUAUAUUUAUGGUGUGAUUGUUGUUUAAACCCCCAUUGAUUGCUUUGUUAUGAAGGUGCCCAUGCCUCUUCCAUUGCCCCUAAUGGUACCUGCUGCGUACUACUACUACCAACACCACCACCAUCACCAACACCUCCUCCACUUCUCCUACUACUCCUUCAACUCCUGUUCUGCUAAGCCCAAGUGCGCCGUUGGUACCUGAUCUAGGCCCAGAGUCUGGAACCCUGAGUAAAGCCAGAGCCUGCAAGUCACUCCUUAUGUUGCAUGCUGAGACAGCAUAAACUGGAACACGCCUCAGACCACCAUUACUUACAGCAGUGGCAGCCAUGGUAACUGAAGCAGACAGUUGUCAUGGUAACCGUGCCUGAGGGCUGAAGGCCCUAUUACUGAUGAGAACUGGAUUGAGCUGAGGUGGUGCUGGAUGAUGAAGAAAAGAGAAGGGAGAUUAUUUGACUAUGGUUUCUCCUCGCUGAGCCACCGGUUUGUUGAUGGCCACAAAGUCAGGAUGUGUUCUCCUUCUAUGGGACAUCUUCAGCCUUAAAGAACCAUCUACUUUUCAUCCAAAAGUCUCAACUUCCAGUCUCAGGAGUCUUCCUCCAUUUUCACACACAUCCACUGUUGGGGCGAUGGAAUGACUUUGAACUGAAAGAUAUAAUUUGGAUGUUUAAAAACAUGGUGUUCUAGGGAACCUGCAAAGCCAUUGAAAUUAGGGCUGAACUUGUGGACUAAUGGAGAGAAACCUGUGGGACCAUGCAUCCUGUCAUCUACUUUGCAAAGGAACGUUUUCAUCUACAUUUCAAAGACAUUAGAUGGACAAUAGGCUUCCGUGUUGAAAUGCACUUUUCGCAUCUGUACCCAUGGCUCUGGAGUUAUUCUGCAAAUGAUAACUCAAUUUCAUAUCAGAAAAUCAUAUCGACAAUCAGCACAAUCCAUUUUUGCACCACCAUCUUCUCAAGAUCUUCAAUGUGUGUGGAUUAGAUCCAUGGACGUCAUUGGCUGCGCAAGUAGGCGUCCUCUUCAAAUUGGUCUUCUCAUCAACCAUCUGCUGCUAUGGAACUCUUGGACUAUAAACUGGUCUGCAUACGUUGCACAGCAGGCUGCCUCUUCACUGGACUAAGUUUGCGCUGAAGUGCAUCAAGGACUGAAUUUGGAUUAUUUUGUUGUCAAGCACAACAAUGUCAAUAACACAUGGAUCUGUGUUUCAUCCCUGCAACUGUUCAUGAACUGGAGUUGAGCAAAGGAGGCACCAGGCCCUGCACCAGUUGGAACUCUUACUGGUUUCUCACAAGACUGAUGUGACAGACAUUACUCAAGAAGUGCUGAUCCUCACUACCCCUUCAAGACAUGUCCAUUCCAGUGAUAAGCUCAAGUCCUGCCCUCACUCCUGCCUUCUUUGAUUGGAUCCUUGUUGCCUAGUUACAGUACACACAGUCGUGCAGUUGGGCCAGUAAGGAAUCAGGUGUCAAAUGUGCACCACUCCCAAGACCUUUGCUGCUCGCAAGAUAUCCCUGACCAGUAAUAAGAUGUCUCCAGCCACGACUGAGGGAGGGGCAGGAGAGUCCGAGUCAGCCACUGCAGGUGGAAGGAAGAGGCGUUGGGGCUCAAGCACGGCAGUCACUACUAAGAAGCCGUCAAUUAGCAUCACCACCGAAUCUCUAAAGUCUUUAAUACCAGACAUUAAAGUAACCCAGGACGCUGUAGUGGAUCUGCACCCUGAAGAGUUGCAACUGUCCGGAGAUGAAGAGAACCACGACAACAGCCAGAGUGACCUGGAUAAGGGCCUGAAGAUCAGACGCACUGUCACACAGGUUGUUCCUGGUGACAGUCAAGAGAAUGGCCAGGACAAUGAAGAAGAGGAGAUUCCAAAGAUGGAGCAAGUGAAACACCACAAGGCUUCGAAAGAUAAACCGCAGGAAUGUCAGCCAGGAGAAACGACAGAAACCACAGACGACAAACUGGAAGUGGUGGAAAAGAAAGUGACACCAAGUGACAGUUUGGUGCGUCGCUCUAUCAGUCAGCAGAAGUCUGGUGUGUCAGUGACCAUCGAUGACCCCAUCCAUUCAAAUAGGCCGCUGUCGCCCCCCCGUGGCAAGAUCUCAAGCAUCGUCCAUGUCACCAACCUGGUGCGACCGUUCACUCUUGGCCAGUUGAAAGAUCUGCUGAAGCAGACGGGCAGUUUGGUCGAGGAGGGCUUUUGGAUCGACAAGAUCAAGUCUCACUGCUAUGUUACUUACACAACAAAAGAAGAGGCAGCAGCGACGAGGGCUGCCCUCCAUGGAGUGAAAUGGCCACAAAGCAAUCCUAAAAUCCUCAACGUGGACUUCUGUGAGCAGGAUGAGUUGGACUUCCACAAAGGUGUUCUCAAGCCAGAAAGACCAGAAAACCAACCUCCUCAGCUGGCCCCUCAGCUGCCUCCUCAGCCUCCUCGACUGCCCCCCCUCAUGCCUGAACGAGACAGAGAGAGAGAGCGGGACCACGUCCGUGACAGGGAGCGGGAGCGAGCCAUGGGUGGCAUGCGUGACCUGUGUGCAGAGCGAGAGAGGGAGAUGCUGCGCCGCGAACGAACCCGUGGGGAGAGGGAAUGGGACCGGGACAAGAUCAAAGAAUUUGCAAGACCUGGGGAGCAUGAGCGACGGUCGCGAUCCAGAGAGCGGAGGAGGAGGGAGAGGGCCAAGAGCAAGGAGAGGAAGUCUGACAGGAAGGAGAAGGCAGAUGAGCCUCCGGCCAAAAUGCUUGAUGAUUUGUUCCUAAAAACCAAAGCAGCUCCUUGUAUCUACUGGCUGCCCCUCACCGAGGAGCAGGUGGCUCAAAGGAUUCUAGAAAGAGCUGAGCGGCAGAAGGAGCGUGAGCGAAAACUCAAAGAGCAAAAAGAAGAAGAGGACAAAAAACGAGAAGAGGAGAAAAAAGAGAGGCUGAAGGGACGAGAGAAAGAGGUGGCCGUGACGGGGAACAGCCGAGCCGCAGGACGCGGGACCGACGUGGAUCGAGGGCGGGACCGGGACAGAGAGCGAGACGGGGACAAAAGGAGAGACAGCGGUCAUCGGCCUAGUCGACCCUCAGUGAGCACUGGCAACGGUCGGCGCUCUCGUAGCCAUAGCAACCCCAGAGAUAGACGUCGCUGAUGGCCUCUGUAGCUGCAGCCCUGUGACGUUAGGACAUGGAGGUCUGUGCAGACAGGAUGCUGCCUCAGACUUCUGUUCCUCGCUACGUUUUUCCACAAAUGAAUUCGUCCACUUGUUUCCAGUGUGGUUCCACUCACUUCAGCCACUCCUUCAUCUAUGAUCACGGCUCAGAACGUCAGGUUCUGUCCCGCACUGGUCUUCCAGAAUGGUUAGUCCCUCUCCAGGAGUCGGCCUUCCCUCAGCGUUGCAGACACAAAGUUGUGGUUAGUUGCCACACUGUUGGGAGGGUGCCUCUUCAUUUCAGUGCUGCGGCUGCUCCUUCCCCCUCUGGCCCUGUAAUAUCACAGAAAUAGAUCCCUGGCAUUGUUUUAGUGUUCCACUGUUCAGCACGUUUUUUUUUUAUAUUUCUGAAAGCCUGUCUUUGUGAGGAAAGGUUUGUUUUCUGGAAGUCUUCACACUGUCGACUGUAAGAACUCUGGGUGAAUGACAGGCUCAGAUGACUGACAUCACAGGAGGAGGCUGACUGCAGCAGAGAGAGGAGCCUCCUCACCUGUCAGUCAUACUGAAGUGGAGGUGACAAGCUCAAAUGUGAUCAUUUUUAACUUUUAGUUCACCUGUUUUUGUUUCUUUUUAAAGUGCUGAAUGUACUGAGAGUUUAAGUGAAUAAAUCUAAAUUGGAAA